UCCGCGGGAGGCUCUGGGCGCGGGCGGUGGACACGCCUCGCGGCUUCCCCCCGGCAGCAACGGCGGCGGCUCGGAGCGGGCUCCAGGGCUCGAGCGCAGCGGCCAGCGGGCGCCGGGCGGCGAGGAUUACCUGGGGAAGUGGGUUUCUCCUGGCCGGAGCCGCGGAGAGGGGCUCCCGAGGCGCAGGUCCGGCGGCGGCGGAGCGCGAGAGCACGGGCUCGGGCGGCCGGGUCGUUGGCCGCGGGGAGCGCGGGUGCAGGGCGAGCAGGCCGUGUCGCGCUCACCAUGGUCAGCUGCUGGGACACCGGGGUCCUGCUGUGCGCGCUGCUCGGCGUUCUGCUUCUCACAGGAUCUAGUUCAGGUUCAGAAUUAGAAGGUCCUGAACUGAAUUUAAAAGGCACCCAGCACAUCAUGCAAGCAGGCCAGACACUGUUUCUUAAAUGCAGGGGGGAAGCAGCCCAUUCAUGGUCUUUGCCUGAAACGGUGACUAAGGAAAGCAAAAGGCUGAAUAUAACUAAAUCUGCCUGUGGAAGGAAUGGCAAACAAUUCUGCAGUACUUUGACCUUGAACAUGGCUCAGGCAAACCACACCGGCCUCUACAGCUGCAAAUAUCUACCUAUACCUACUUCAAAGAAGGAAGCAGAAUCCACAAUCUAUAUAUUUAUUAAUGAUACUGGUAAACCUUUUGUAGAGAUGUACACUGAAAUACCAGAAAUUAUACAUAUGACUGAAGGAAGGGAGGUCAUCAUUCCCUGCCGGGUUACAUCACCUAACAUCACUGUUACUUUAAAAAAGUUUCCACUUGGUACUCUGAUCCCUGAUGGAAAAAGAAUAACCUGGGACAGUAGGAAGGGCUUCAUAAUAUCAAAAGCAACAUACAAAGAAAUAGGGCUUCUGACUUGUGAAGCAACAGUCAAUGGACAUUUGUAUAAGACACACUAUCUCACAUAUCAACAAAGCUAUAAAAUUAUAGAUGUAAUAAGCACACCAAGCCCAGUCAAAUUACUUAGAAAUCAUCCUCUCAUCCUCAACUGUACUGCUACCACUCCCUUGAACACGAGAGUUCAAAUGACCUGGAGUUACCCUGGUGAAGCAAAGAAGAGAGCUUCUAUAAGGCGACGAAUUGACCAAAGCAAUUCCCAAAUCAAUGUAUUCCACAGUGUUCUUACUAUUGACAAAGUGCAGAACAAAGAUAAAGGACUAUAUACUUGUCAUGUGAAGAGUGGACCAUCGCUCAGAUCUGUUAACACCUCAGUGCAUAUAUAUGAAAAAGCAUUCAUCACUGUGAAACAUCGAAAACGGCAGGUGCUUGAAACUGUAGCGGGCAAGCGGUCUUAUCGGCUGUCUAUGAAAGUGAAGGCAUUUCCCUCACCAGAAGUUGUAUGGUUAAAAGAUGGGUUACCUGUGACUGAGAAAUCUGCUCGCUAUUUGGCUCAUGGCAAUUCAUUAAUCAUCAAAGAUGUAACUGCAGAGGACGCAGGGGAUUAUACAAUCUUGGUGGCCAUAAAGCAGUUAAAUGUGUUUAAAAACCUCACUGCCACUCUAAUUGUAAAUGUGAAACCCCAGAUUUAUGAAAAGGCCGUGUCAUCAUUUCCAGACCCAACUCUCUACCAACUGGGCAGCAGACAAAUCCUGACUUGUACUGUUUAUGGUAUCCCUCAACCUACAGUCAAGUGGUUGUGGCACCCAUGUAACCAUAAUCAUUCCAACGCAAGGUAUGACUUUUGUUCCAAUAACGAAGAGCCUUUUAUCCUGGAUCCUGACAGCAACAUAGGAAACAGAAUUGAGAGCAUCACUCAGCGCAUGGCAAUAAUAGAAGGAAAGAAUAAGACGGCUAGCACCUUGGUUGUGGCCAACUCUAUAAUUUCUGGAAUCUACAGUUGCAUGGCUUCCAAUAAAGUAGGGACUGUGGAAAGAAACAUAAGCUUUUAUAUCACAGAUGUGCCAAAUGGGUUUCAUGUCAACUUGGAAAAAAUGCCUACGGAAGGAGAGGACCUGAAACUGUCUUGCACAGUUAACAAGUUCUUAUACAGGGACAUUACUUGGAUUUUGCUGCGGACAGUUAAUAACAGAACAAUGCACCACAGUAUUAGCAAGCAAAAAAUGGCCGUCACUAAAGAGUACUCCAUUACUCUUAAUCUUAUCAUCAAGAACGUUUCCCUGGAAGAUUCAGGCACCUAUGCCUGCAGAGCCAGGAACAUAUACACAGGGGAAGAAGUCCUUCAAAAGAAAGAAGUUACAAUUAGAGAUCAGGAAGCACCGUACCUCCUAAGAAACCUCAGUGAUCACACAGUGGCUAUCAGCAGCUCCACCACUUUAGAUUGUCAUGCUAACGGUGUCCCAGAGCCUCAGAUAACUUGGUUUAAAAACAACCACAAAAUACAACAAGAACCCGGAAUUAUUUUAGGACCAGGAAGCAGCACACUGUUUAUUGAAAGAGUCACAGAAGAGGAUGAAGGCAUCUAUCACUGCAAAGCCACCAACCAGAAGGGCUCUGUGGAAAGUUCAGCAUACCUCACUGUGCAAGGAACCUCAGACAAAUCUAAUCUGGAGCUGAUCACUCUGACAUGUACCUGUGUGGCUGCAACCCUCUUCUGGCUCCUAUUAACCCUCUUUAUCCGAAAACUGAAAAGGUCUUCUUCUGAAAUAAAAACUGACUACCUAUCGAUUAUAAUGGACCCAGAUGAAGUUCCCCUGGAUGAACAGUGUGAGCGGCUCCCUUAUGAUGCCAGCAAGUGGGAGUUUGCCCGGGAGAGACUUAAACUGGGAAAAUCACUUGGAAGAGGGGCUUUUGGAAAAGUGGUUCAAGCAUCUGCAUUUGGCAUUAAGAAAUCACCCACAUGCCGGACUGUGGCUGUGAAAAUGCUAAAAGAGGGGGCCACAGCCAGUGAGUACAAAGCUCUGAUGACUGAGCUCAAGAUCUUGACCCACAUUGGCCACCAUCUGAACGUGGUUAACCUGCUGGGAGCCUGCACCAAGCAAGGAGGGCCUCUAAUGGUGAUUGUUGAAUACUGCAAAUAUGGAAAUCUGUCCAACUACCUCAAGAGCAAACGUGACUUAUUCUUUCUUAACAAGGAUGCAGCAUUACAUGUGGAGCCUAAGAAAGAAAAAAUGGAGCCAGACCUGGAGCAUGGCAAGAAACCAAGACUAGAUAGCGUCACCAGCAGUGAGAGCUUUGCGAGCUCCGGGUUUCAGGAAGAUAAAAGUCUGAGUGAUGUUGAGGAAGAGGAGGAUUCUGAUGAUUUCUACAAGCAGCCCAUCACUAUGGAAGAUCUGAUUUCUUACAGUUUUCAAGUGGCCAGAGGCAUGGAGUUUUUGUCUUCCAGAAAGUGCAUUCAUCGGGACUUGGCUGCACGGAACAUUCUUUUAUCUGAGAACAAUGUGGUGAAGAUUUGUGAUUUUGGCCUCGCCCGGGAUAUUUAUAAGAACCCUGAUUAUGUGAGAAAAGGAGAUACUCGACUUCCUCUGAAAUGGAUGGCCCCUGAAUCUAUCUUUGACAAAAUCUACAGCACCAAGAGUGACGUGUGGUCUUAUGGAGUGUUGCUGUGGGAAAUCUUCUCCUUAGGUGGGUCUCCAUACCCAGGAGUGCAAAUGGAUGAAGACUUCUGCAGUCGCCUGAAGGAUGGCAUGAGGAUGAGGGCUCCUGAAUGCGCCACUCCUGAAAUCUAUCAGAUCAUGUUGGACUGCUGGCACAAAGACCCGAAAGAACGGCCAAGAUUUGCAGAACUUGUGGAAAAACUGGGCGAUUUGCUUCAGGCAAAUGUGCAACAGGAUGGUAAAGACUAUAUCCCACUCAAUGCCAUACUGACAGGAAACAGUGGAUUUACAUACUCAACUCCUGCCUUCUCUGAGGACUUCUUCAAGGAAGGUAUUUCAGCUCCGAAGUUUAAUUCAGGAAGCUCUGAUGAUGUCAGAUAUGUAAACGCCUUCAAAUUCAUCAGCUUGGAAAGAAUCAAAACCUUUGAAGAACUUUCACCAAAUGCCACCUCCAUGCUUGAUCAUUACCAGGUGGACAGUUGCAGCCUGCUGGCCUCCCCCUUGCUGAAGCGCUUCACCUGGACUGAGAGUAAACCCAAGGCCUCACUGAAGCUUGAUUUGAGAGUAACCAGUAAAAGUAAGGAGUCAGGGCUUUCCGAGCUCACCAGGCCCAGCUUCUGCCGCUCCAGCUGCGGGCACGUCGACAAAGGCAAGCGCAGGUUUACAUACGACAACUCUGAGCUGGAGAAGAAGAUUUCGUGCUGCUCCCCUCCCCCAGACUACAACUCUGUGGUCUUCUACUCCACUCCGCCUGUCUAAAGUUUGACACACAGCCUUAUUUCUAGAAGCACCUGUGUAUUUAUAACCCCAGAAUACCAGCUUCUGCCAGUAUUAUGCAUAUAAGUUUACACCUUUAUCUUCCCACAGGAGCCAGCUGCUUUUUGAGAUUUUUAAUAGUGCUUUUUUUUUUUGACUAACAAGAAUGUAACCCCAGAUAAGUAGAGCAAUAGUGACAAGUGAAGACCACCACUGCUAAAUCCUCAUAUUACUCACUGUGCUAGAGAAAUCCUUUCUAAGCCCAAUGACUUACCUGCUCCACCCCCCGAGACUCAGGGCACGCAGGACUAGCGUUCAGAAGAUGCAGCACAGACUGCACUGGGCCAGGCAGGGGGCAACGGGCCCUGUAGCUCUAGGGGUCACUAGCUGGCCUAAGCAAUGUCUCAAGAGUCUUUUAGCAGGCAGAAGACAUGUAAGGAGGGAGGGGAAAAAAGGGAGGAAGGAGGGAGAAAAGAGAGAAGACAGGAGAGGGCGCAAGAAAGGCUCUGAGACGGAGCAUACAGGCAGGAGCAGGAGAGGCUCUCGGCAGCGCCGUCUCAGUGGCCGCCCAACCCUGCCCAUUCCACACUGGAGAGCCCAGCCAGGAGCAGACAGGACAGAGAGGAGGGGACAUUUUCUGCCUUCUAAGAGGCAAGUAAAGGACACACAGUUUUUAGAACUAAAGCAAAUCUUAAACUUUACCUGUGGGACUGGUCCUAUGCCCACUUCCGUGGCAUGUUUUGGUUUAUAGCACUGAGGGUGGUGCCCAGCUCUGAGCCUGUACUCUUGGCCCCUCUAGCAAGAUACACUGAAAACUCACCCAGAGCCAGGUUUGUUCAUGGGAAGCUAAGUGGAAUCAGUUUGGUCUGUU